GUGGCGGUGCAUUAGUGAACAUCGAAUUGAUGUUUUUCGAAUUCCUUUCCAAAGACUCUCAAUACACAAAGUCGCGAAUGAAUAUAUAAUAUCGUUGUAAUUAAGAAUCAAACACGUCGCUUGUCUAUGAGGGCAAGAGUUAAUUCGGCGCACCAAUGGCUGACACUGUGGAAGAACAAGUGAACAAUGUGUCCAAUGAGGGAGCAGAGCAGAACCAGCACACAGAUGUAGUGGGCUCAGUAGGUCCAGUCAGGGGAGAGGCCGAACUGAACGGCCAGCCCCCCUCUGCCCGCCCUCCUCAGGUGGUCACUGACAGCGAAGAGGAUGAGGAUGAGGAGCUGACUCUUAAGUAUGGCGCUAAACAUGUCAUCAUGCUCUUUGUCCCCGUCACUCUGUGCAUGGUGGUGGUUGUGGCGACCAUCAAGUCCGUCAGCUUCUACACACAGAACGACGGCCAGCAGCUGAUUUACACACCCUUUCGUGAGGACACAGAGAAUGUGGGCCAGCGUGCUCUGAACUCCAUCCUUAAUGCCAGCAUCAUGAUCAGCGUCAUUGUGGUCAUGACUCUUGUCCUGGUGCUGCUCUAUAAGUACCGCUACUAUAAGGUGAUCCAUGCCUGGCUUUUCUUCUCCUCCCUGCUCCUGCUUUUUGUCUUCUCUUACAUCUACCUGGGGGAGGUCUUUAAGACCUACAACGUGGCCAUGGACUAUUUCACGCUGGCUGUGAUCAUCUGGAACUUUGGGGUGGUGGGUAUGAUCUGUAUCCACUGGAAAGGUCCCCUUCGGCUCCAGCAGGCCUAUCUGAUCAUGAUCAGCGCUCUGAUGGCCCUUGUCUUCAUCAAAUAUCUGCCUGAGUGGACAGCCUGGCUCAUCCUAGCCGUCAUUUCAGUCUACGACCUGCUGGCAGUUCUUUGUCCAAAAGGGCCUCUAAGGAUACUAGUGGAAACAGCCCAAGAGAGGAAUGAACCCAUCUUCCCAGCCCUCAUCUACUCUUCAACAAUGGUAUGGUUAGUCGGCAUGGCUGACAACGCUGAGUCUGGGAGUAAGUCCACCACAGGGACUGCCACGCAAGAGGAAAACCAGGUUGCCUUAGCGCCCACUGCACAGCCUGAAGAUGAUGGCGGCUUCACAACGGACUGGGUGGUGCAUCAGCAACACCAGCUGGGUCCCCUCCAGUCCACAGAUGAAAGCCGAAGAGAGAUUCAGCAGUUGCCCUCAGCGCGGCCUCCGCCCGUGGACGACGAUGAAGAAAGGGGUGUGAAGCUGGGCCUCGGAGACUUUAUCUUCUACAGCAUGUUGGUGGGAAAGGCGUCAGCCACGGCGAGCGGAGAUUGGAACACCACACUGGCCUGCUUUGUUGCCAUUCUUAUCGGUCUUUGUCUAACUUUGCUGCUUCUUGCCAUCUUUAAGAAGGCUCUGCCUGCCCUUCCUAUAUCCAUCACUUUUGGUUUAGUUUUUUACUUUGCGACAGAUAACUUAGUUCGACCAUUCAUGGACCAGCUGGCACUUCACCAGUUCUACAUAUAGCAGGACGGGACACUCUGUAUAUCCUGUGUUCCACGCACCAGUUCAUACCACAGAGGCCCUCAACCUCACCACGGAGAAAGGGUGAGAGAGACGUUACCCAGACAAACUCCCUCGCUGGAUGCGUGAUUGACCAGACUCUCCUGUUUUUUCUUUUUCUUUUUUUGUUUGUUUUUUUGUUUUGUUUUGUUUUUAAGAAUGGAGGUUAUCCCCUCCCCCCACCUGCCAGCAAGUCAUUGUAAAUCUCAGAGUCUGAUUUGCUUUCUCAGUUUGAAUCAUCUUGUAAACUGGACUGCCUCUCUUUUGAUGCCAGCCUUUGCUUUUAUAAACAGUGCAUUGGUAAGAAAUGAUGCAUUUACUGCAUUAAUAAUGGUGAAGCUAAUUCUAUAAUGGAAGAGAGAAUUAUGCUAACGCUUGGAUACUCUCCACAAAAAUCUCAUAGUUUUUGGAAUGCAACUGGUUGUAAGUACAUUAACAAUGAUGGGUCCUUUAUAAUCAUAACUGGAUAAAGAGGGUGAUGCUGGUGACUUGGAUGAGCUCUAUUGUGUCAAACGGAACCAGAGUUGGCAUUGUUAUCCAAAUGUUGGAAGCACAAAUGAGGCAUUAUGGUAGUUCUUAUUGAAAUACAGACAGCAUAAAGCCAAAGCCUUGUCAAAUGUACAUGGCUUUGCCAAUGGUAGAUGGUAGUGAAAGAGGGUGGGUAUCUUAAUUUGAGUGAUUUUGUUUCUCUUUGUUGCUGUUGUUGUUGUUGUUUUUUUGGCAGGGUGCCUACAAACAUGGUUGAAAACACUUCUCAGAAAACUUGCGUAGUCUGAUCAUGUUUUGUUGUCAUUUAGAGGUACCUGGUGACUACAGCUGUAGUCUUUGUUAGCAUUAAAUAGACAAGAGAGCUGCUCGAGUCCACUAUUACACUUUAGUGGAAAAGUGCAGAGGCGUUGUUCUGGAAUGUACCGUACACUAAGUCCAAAUGUCCCACACAGCAACAACUCUGCACCAAAGUUUGUGAGAAGAUUAUGUAAUGUUAUGAAACUGUGACUUUAGUUUUCUUUCUUUGUUUACUAGCAACACAAUUCACCCCUCCUGAUGGUAUCACCUUACCGGGUCUAUU